AUGAGUACUAAUCAAUAUCGUACAAAAUUGAAAAAUAAAUCAACAUCUUCUGCAAAAGAUCGUUUAAUAGAUAAUGAACAAGCUAUUCCAAUUCCAUCUCGACAAGAUCAUUUAAAUGAUCGAACUGAUUUUACAUUAGAUCCAUCAUUAAUAUUUGAUGAAUUGCCACAACCAUUUCGACGAAUAAAUAAAGUUCUUGAAUCAAUAUUUGAUGAUGCAUGGACAAUUAUUGAACAACGUGAAAAACAACGUACUAUUGAUCAAACAAAAUUUGUAUCCGCUCAACAUACAUCAUCAACAACAAUAAAUACUCCAUUUCCUAUAUCACUAAUUGGUAGUCAUAUAUCUGGUACAUUAUGUUUUUUUAAUGGUAUUCAAAAUGAACAAUCAUAUCUUGUUUGUUACGAUAAUCAAAUUGACGAAAUAGUACAUCAUAUUACAAUUGAUAGUUCAAUACAGAAUAUGACUGUAUUUAAAUCUGAUUCAUCAAUAAAAGAUACGAUUUAUUUUUUAAGCAUUAUUGAUCAAUUAGGUUAUUGGAAAAUGAUUGCUUAUAGAAAUCAACAAUACUAUCUUUUAUUUACACAAUAUGAAACAGAAGAUGAUAAUAAAAGACCAUUAUGUUUAAUGACACAAACUGGUUUAAAUGAUGAAUAUUUAGUUGUUUCUUGGUUUGGUAAUAAUGAUUCAUGGUUUGAAGUAUACAAACUAUCAAGAGAACAAUGGAAAUCAGAGAUAGCAGCUCAAGAACAGGCUAUGGCUGGAAAUGAGAAUCAAAUGGAAGCUAAUGCAUCGGAUCAAUCAAAAGAAAAUAGUUCAACUUUAUUACGUGGCCAAUUUUCUCGUCCAACUUUAUUGUUCAAAACUAAAGCACCUAAAUUUUGCGCAGGAGCGAAUAAUUUUCAACAAUUAAUGAAGAAUACGGAAAAUCAAUCGAAUAUUGGACAAGGAAUAUCAAAUCAUUUUUAUACUCAACAAAUUAUUGAUGCAAAAACGUUAUUAGUUAGAGAUUUAAUUAUGCCGAUAACAAAUGAUACAACUGAUCAAAUAUUAUCAACAGUUAAAGCUGAACCAUCUUCACCUGUAAUUCCUAAUCUUGUUUUUAUUCCAGCUAAAACAACAACAACAGCAGGAGUUCAUUGUCUGGCUGUAAGUUGGCCAACAACAAAUCAAUUACUUAUCUACAAAGUUGCUAAAUCAGAAAGUAAAGGGAAAGAUGCUUUCGAUACUCGUCCUGUUGUCAUAUGGCCAUUUGCUAGUCGUAUUACAAGUUUAUGUUAUGAUUCUAAACAUGAACAUCUUGCUGUAGCUCUUCAAUCAGGAAAUGUUUGUAUUAUUGAAAGAACAACAGGUGUUAAUGAUCUUCCAUCAAUUCAACAUAUUAGAUCAUGUCCAAUACUUGAUAUUCAUGCCCUUGAUUCUCUAGAAUAUCCUUUAAAUGUUGAUACUCAAGAUAAACAAAAUGGAAUAUUUGUUUUAUCUCAUGAUGGUAUAGUAUAUCGUGUGAAAUUUAAAUCAAUAUUAACUGAAGAAAAAACUGAUGAACAACAAAAUAUAAUUGCAUGCUUUCCUCAAAAACAAAGUAAAGAUACGUCAAAAAUUGUUCGAAUGCUAUUUUUUAAUUGUAAUCCGUCGAAUUUAUUUGUGAGUAUUAAUGAACUCAAUCGUAUUUAUAUAAAUGAUGCAUUAAAAUGUAAACAAUUAUGUGAAAUUGUUUUACCACACUCAACAAACUAUAAUAAUAAUACUCCACCUCAAAUUGCAUUUGUAGAUAAUGCAAGAUCAAUUAUUGUUGGAAUUCCUGAAAAUAUAAAUCGAUCUACAGAAAAUAAAUCAUCAUUUCUACGUCUUUAUCGUGUUCCAUUAGAACAUUUUCCUUCUCUUGAAAAUUAUUAUCCUGAACGUAUUGUCUCAACUCUCGAUGAAAUUGAAUCAACUAUUGAUAUAAAACCAUUAAAAACUAUAAGUCCACAAACUAAAAAAAGUGGUGCAACAAUUGAAAUAGAUAAAACUUCGAUUUUAUUCGAUGAUAAGAUCAAAGAAAUGUUUCGUACAAGACAAUCAUUUGCAUAUGAACGACGUGAACGUUUACGUAGUCGUUGGAAUGAAAUCAAACUUCAUUUUAAUCCUGUUUAUGAACAGAUGACUUAA